AUGACAACCAGAUUGUCAAGUUCAUCUCUCCCAAUUGAGGGCGGAUUAUCAAAUGCGGCAGCAGCGGAAGAACACUCCGUUACAUGCUUACUUGCACCGACUGGUGACGCCUUAGGUCCUGGGGUUACUAUGACCCCUAAUGAGCCAGCUAAGAGGAAAGUGCAUGCAGCUAAGGCCAAGAACCGUGUGAACUCCGCCAGUGAAUGGCACACUCUCUACUUGAUCCACUUGACAUCUUUAUUGGGAGAGAUGUUGAGGAAAGCUUGA